AAAAUUAAACCUACGGGCACUCUUUCUUGUCAGCUUUGUAUCUGUAUAAAAAGAUCAAAAGCACUACUCAAUUCCCCUGAAUCAAUGGAAAAAGAACAGCAGCAGCAGCAGCAGAAGCAACAUUUCCAUGUGUUGGCCGUUGAUGAUAGUCUCCUUGACAGGAAACUCUUAGAGAGAUUGCUCAAGAUCUCCUCAUACCAAGUAACCUGUGUAGAGUCUGGGAAUAAAGCUUUGGAAUAUCUGGGCCUGCUUGAUCAUGAUAAUUCACAACACCCUUCCUCUUCUCAACAAAAGGGCAUGAAGGUGAACCUAAUCAUGACGGAUUACUGUAUGCCCGGGAUGAGCGGCUAUGAUUUGCUCAAACGCGUAAAGAAAUCUUCUUGGAAACAUAUACCAGUCGUGGUCAUGUCAUCAGAGAAUGUACCAUCUAGAGUUACCAUGUGCUUGGAAGGAGGAGCGGAAGAAUUCCUGCUGAAGCCUCUGCAGUUGUCAGAUGUGAAGAAGAUUCAGUCAUACCUUCUGAAAUCCAUUGAUCAUUCCUACACAAAUGGUGGAGGAAUAGGGCUGAUCGACAGCGAUAACAACAACACUCAAUCCCACAGCAGCAACAUAACAAAUGAUAUUAGUUCCAAUGACGUUAACAACACAGAGAACACUAACGACGGUAAUAGUAGUGGCGAGAGCAACAGAAGCUAUGGCAAGAGAAAGGCAAUGUCUCCUGAGGCCCCAGAAAGAAGACCUAAAAUCAAAGCUUGAUACUUACUAAUUUGUAUUAUAUAUAGAGUGCUUUUUCUUACGCUCAGGGUUUGUGUUUAGGCGAAUGCCAUAGCCAAUAUCAUGUAUUAAACAAAAGAGUGUCUUCUGAGAAAUAUUUGUGCGUUAGAAUUACAAUAACCAUAACCACUCAAAUCCAAGGUCAGAGAGGAAAAGAGGGGAGAAAGGGUAAUUCCUUAAUCUGCAAAUUAUAAAAUUGAGGGUUAAGU